CAAAUAUGUCUGCUUAAUAGAGGCAGUACACGACAUGCCCCAUUUACCAGGACGCUCCCUUUCCUUGAAAUAGUUCUUGUCUGGAUAAUGGAUAAUGAACUCCUGUUGCGAGAAGUGGGCCAAAAUUUGUUUAAGUCAUUUUUAAAUAAGUUAUGCUAAUUCUCUUCGUGUUCAUACCUUUUUAGUUACAAUAAAUUUUAUAAUAUAAUUAUAAUUCAAAUUAAAGGUAACACGGCGCACGGUGGGUCAUGUAUUGCAUUUCUUGGUUAGUAGUCAACUAAUAAAGGAUAGCUUAUAGCGUAAGUUUGUUGAAUUUCCGUUAAAGAUAAAAUAUAUGGGAUUUCCUGAAUUCCUGCAAUUGAAGCAGUUAAAGUCUUUUAAGUGAUUGGAAAUGGUAAAAAGAUAUGUUUCGACGUCAAAAUACAGGUUCCUACUGAUAUUUUCACUCUAUGCUUUAAUUGUAUUUCAAGUUAGUGAAGCAUCAGAAAUUGCGGAAGUGAAGGAAACAGACACCGUUACAUUUGUUUGCCCAAGACAGCCCCAGUGGAUUACAAAAUUGCAUGUGAACUUCACUGAUGGACACAAGGAAUGGUACGCUGACUUUUACUCAGACUCUACGUGCGCCACAUUCAAUCAUAUGAAGUGUUCCACAGAUGGCCAGAAUAACCUACUGACUCUUCCGGUUUCCAACACUUCGAGAUCGAUUGCUUCAUACUCAUGUGGAGACAGUUUGAUCUACACGGUUAGUUUUUAUGCCGAACCAAGUAACAUAAUAUGUGGAAAACCAUUACUGGAUCCUUCUGGUGCUUUCAUUAUAGUUACGUGCAAUACCAGCAAAGUAUUCCCUGAGCUCAAGUGUGAAUUUAAAGAUGUGUUGAAUAAAUCUGCUACCACCAUUCUGUAUGAUGAAGUAAGUUAUACAUUACUUCAAUCCUACGGAGUUCCAGAGUAUUACAAGGCGCAAUGCACGUUGACACUCGAUGUGACGAAACUUCCUUUCGGCGAGCACCAACUGCAGGUUACUGUACAGCCAAAGAACAUUAAGAAAGUAAAGAUUCAGAACACCAUUAAACCCAGCGUUUCACUUUAUCCUUUGAAAACAAGAUUAGACCGGUCUUGUCCUAAGGGGCCAAGCGUUGUGAACGGUUACAUUGAAGCAGGAAAAAGCGCUGAAUGUAAAUGCUUUAAAUCAAGAGGAUUCGGAGCUGUCUUUUGGACCGAUGGAAUUACACAACUAGACUUGGGAAACACUAAUGCGACUAUAAUCGUUGAUUAUCCUAGAGACUACAACAAGACAUUUUAUUGUAGAAUAAAGCCAAACACAACUGAUUCCAUUGCAACUCGUUUCACACCAACAUUUGCCUAUGGCCCAAACGAAUUGUUUCUGUCCAAAACUAACAUUCGAAUGGAUUUGUGUACAACGACUACAGUCACAUGCAAUGCAGCUAGCAGUAAAGUCAAUCCAAGUGUUAAAUUUCAAUGGUCUGCUGAUGACGCCAUUUCAAUUAUUCCAGUGAUGACAACAUCCAAUUUUUUAUCAACAGUUCAGCUUUCAGCGUUAAGUCCUGGGAAACAUAUUGUAACUUGCAAGGGAUGCAAUUCUAUUUUCCCUAAAAAAUGUUCUGAAAUUGAAGUAGUUGUCGUUAUUAAAGACAACAGUUCUGUACAGCCGAAGAUAACAAUGAACAAGAAACAACGCUUGAACAGUACGUCUGAAUUAUCGGAAAUUGUGAAUGUUACUUGUUCGACGGCUAUAGAAAGUAACCUAACUCUCUUAUGCCUGAACAAAACACUCAGAAACAUAACUUCGGCAAUAACUAUGCUUCAUACAGUCAAGAAAACAGACAAUGGCGCUAUAUGUAGCUGCACAUCCAAUUAUCUCUGUUACAAGAGCCAAACUGAAAAGGCAAAAAUAUUUGUAGCUUAUGGACCUGCCCAGUUAAUUUUAUCUUCAAGAGAAAUAAGGCUCUCAAUGUGUGAAGACGCUAACAUUUUAGCGAAUGUUUCAAAUGAAGACGUCUACCCGAAUGUCAUAUUUAUUAUUUCCGUAGACGUCUCUGAUUCUCUGAAAUGGGAUGUCAAAUCUGGAUAUAAUAGUGCCUCAAUUAAAGUAUUCGCUCUAAAGACUGGAAAAUUUCAAUUGACAGUCACAGCCUACAAUUCCUACAAUGCAAGUUUUAAAACUAUGUCUCUUGUUAACGUAUUUGUUACCGAUGCUAAAUUCCCCAAGCCUAGUCUGGUAGUAAACAAUGGUCGAAUCAUAAAAGAAGGAGAUUCAGAUAACGUAGAAAUCGCCUGCCGAUUUCCAUCACUUAUAGUAACUCGAGGGACACUCAUCUGUUUGGGGAAGACUGUAACAUCCAAUGGGACUAACAUUAUAGUCCACACAAAUGUAACGAGGUUACAAAAUGGUGCUACCUGUCAUUGCUACGCUCAAUAUAGCGAGGACUGUAAUUUUCAGGGAACAGCUACAGCUGUAUUAAAUGUUACAUACCAGGCUAACAUUUCUACGUUCAUAGUGAAUGAUAACAAAUCAAGUCUCGAAGUUUCUGAGGGAGAAGAUGUCAGAUUUCAAAUAAUUGCAACGGGCAACCCAAAGCCAACUAUGCAUAUAGAAACAGAAGAGAUUAAAGAUUAUUUCGACAAGCGUGUUUACACAAAUACGAUUGCAGAAAUACGUCCGAAUGUUUGGCAGCUCCUGUUUGAAAUAAAAAAUAUAAGCUGUGAACAGUCUUCCAAUUAUACAAGUACCGUGACCAACAUGUUUUUUUACAAAAUUGCAAGGUGGACUGUUUCCGUUAUAGUAAAAUGCAGUUUAAAAUGGUGGGACCAAAAACUCAACUGGAAUAAAGUAUCAGUGCAUCCAAGACAUUUAGCUGCAUUCUCUUUAAAGAUUUUAGGUUACCCAAAGCCCAAAACAUUUACGCUUCUUUAUGGUGUAAACAAACAGCUAGCCAACUUUAAUUCCUACUCAGUUGUGUAUGAAGAAAAAACUCCGUUUUUCGGAAUAUUGCUGUUUCUCAUAGACGACGUUAAAGAAGACAACUUCACUGUAUACACUAUUAAUAUCAGCAACGGAAUCGAGCCUGUCCUUCAAGACAAUUUCGUUUUAAUUAAUGCUGAUGAAGGUGACACCCCAAUAAUGGACAUUAUUUACCCGAUUAUUGUUAGUGCACUAGGCUUUGGAAUACUUGUUAUAUUUAUAAUCUUUUUAUGCUGGUGCAGAAGCAGACGAGUCAAUGUUGAAAUAUUAGAUGAGCAAGUUAUCCUUCGGAAUAGAGGUUGGAAAAAUUCAUCGAAAGUUAUCUUAUCUAAAAGAGAUUCACGAAAAUACAUAUCAGAUAUAAAAAGACUGAUAAAUAUCAACACCAUAGAAGAGACAUCAGAUAAUAAUUCAGAAAGUUACGAACUUACAGAACAAGAAGGACAGUACGUAAACCAUGAAAUCAAUCUUAGCGAUCGGCGCCCUGGUAUUGAAGUUAUAGAAAAUAAUUCACAUGAAUUAGACCCAUUAUUAGAAGAAGAAGAUCAGAAUAAAGAGACUUUCGAUUUACGUGACAAUAGAAAAAAAGCUUUGCAAAGUGAUGGGCCACAGCAAGGCAGCAAUAGAAGAGAGUCACAAAUAGAAUAUCUUACGUUACAAGGUCCUAUCCAGAACUACCUAAAUGUUGUAAAUCCUUCGGUCGGACUCUCUAUAGACGCAUCACAUCAUAAUAUUAUAGAAGAAGCUUAUGAUUCAUCAAAAACAACAUCUCAAGAUACACGACAAAGUCCUGUUGGUGAAAGUUUUCCAAACAACCGAAAUCCAGUUGUUCAAGUACAAUAUACUGAGGAGACUAUUCCAAAACAAAUUUAUGAAUCUUCAAUUACUAGAUCUCAAAAUCCUGAAGAACCUUCUUCUACAAAAGAAAAUGUUCCAAACAGAAGUAUUCAAACUAUUUCAGAUCUUUCUACGAUCACGACUGAUGAUCUCUAUGAAGACUUUUAAGGAUUUUAAGCAAUGUUGUGGCAUUGUAAUGAUACAUUCGAACAUAUUUCAACAUUUCGAAGGUUUGAACUAUGCUAUCCAAAGUGUAUUACAAAUAUUCACAAAAAUAUAAAUGGCAUGAGUAUUUUUAGAUUUACAAAUGUAACAAGUUCUAGAAAAAAGAUUUUGUCAAUUUAUUACAUUAUUUUUCUCAUUUGGUUAUUGCAUAAUUCAAUUCGUAGUUAGUGCUCUUUUUGUUUGGAUUUCUAUUUACUUUGUAGUUUGUUAGCAAGAUCUGUUCAUAAUCUUUUGUACGGCAGCUAUAAUGGAUUCCUUUUAUUAUUCAUAUGCAAAUACAUAUGUAUAUAUAUUUAUCUAUGUAUCUAUAAGAGUAAUGACAAUUACUAUAUUAUAAUAUUUUGUAAUUAUUUCAAUAUUUCAUGACUUCUGUGUUUCAAUAUCUUAACAUUUCAUGUGUUACAUGUACAUUGUAUGCAGUAGCGUCACUAGGGUCGAUGUAACCUGGUACGGUAAGCUCAGGGUGUCACCCUCCUCCUCCUAACAACAGUCUCCAAUCAUUUCUCAAAAGUUGUUUCUAAAUAUGUUAAAAUCUGUAUCUAUUCUAUUUUAAAUGUGAUUGAUCAUGAUAUUUAUCCAUGGUUACUAUAUAUAUUAAAAUGUAAGUUUAUUAAAUAAGAAACAGACUUAACAUCAACUUAGACUUUAAAGACUUAAAAAAUGGAAACUAUUGAACAUUGUGCUAACCUUAUAUAAACUUUUCCUUUCUCAUCUAAAAUAUUUUAGAAUCUAGACCAAAAAAUGUUUGCUGCCCAGUUAAUUAUUUAUUGGUCAAACUUUAUCAGUGUUUCUGUACUUCAGAAACUCAUUUUCUUUGGUUGUAGAUUGCAUCAUUUAUUUUAGUAAGAAAUCGCUGGUUAAAAAAAAUAAAUAAUAAGAAGAGGUGGACGGGCUGAAUCUGAAGUGUGAGAAGGCAAAUAAACUUUUUCCUUUGGUUUUUCGCUAGACAAGUUUUGUAUCGCAACCCCUUAGUAAGCUGGGUACCUAAAAGAGGAAACCGAUGAUGUCUCACACAAUGGGUUUCAGGAGACGUUUAAGAAAGUAAUGAAAAAGAAAAGAUACUUUAAGACAUACAAUUAUGACAAAAUUUAUAAAUAUUCACACUAUGUUAAGAAUCGAAAUGUACAAAGUGAAUGUUCGUUAAAAGCUAGUCCGUUUCGCCUUUAGUUUUGUAAAUAUUGUUUUGUAGAUAAUUUUAAGUCUUUUGCAGAUUCAAAAAAAAUUGUGCUCGAAAUAGUAUAAGACAGGAAUCAGCCCCCCAACCUCAUAGGGGAGGCACCGUAAGCUUCGUCAGGCGUUUUCCUAGUUUCUGGGCUUAACAUUAUUUUUUUCCUGGCGUCUACAGCGCUUUUCUGCAGAGCCCACAUAUAAAUAUAUAUAUAUAUAUAUAUAUGUGUGUAUAUAUAUAUAUAUAUAUAUAUAUCAAGGUAUGUGUAUCUAGCUUAUCACUUAUUUUUGUCUAGUUGUCUUUCUUUUUCCAAAGAACAAUUCUUUUCCAUUUGGGUGUCACCCCCCUGGUGGGUGUCACCCGGUGCGGACCGCACCCCCCGCACCUGCCUAGUGACGCCAUUGAUUUUAUGUAAAUACUACAAGAAAUGCAUCAUUCAAUUCAGAGCGUACUUACUUACUUACUUAAUUUUGUGUACUCCCAGGGGAGCAAAAGGUCGCAACCACACCUCUCCACCGAACUCGCUUCUGAACAGCUUUCUUCAUCUGUUCCCAUGUCAUUCCAGUACACUUAGCUUCACUGAUGACUGACUUCUUCCAGGUUUGCUUGGGUCAGCCCACUUUCCUCUUUCCCUGUGGGUUCCAAUCAAGUGCCUGCCUUGCAACAUUGGUAGCUGGUUUUCACAGGGUGUGUCCUAUCCAGCUCCAUUUUCGUUUAGUGAUGGCAUGGUCGAUGGGCUUUUGUCUAGUUCUCUCCCACUAAUUGACAAAAGUUAUUCACAGCACUUCUCUUAUAUUUACCCAAACUUUGCGGAUGGGUUUGAGUUCUGGUUUCCUCGGUAAGGUAGACGUGGAGUUAAAGAUUACAGUAGCUUGACCUGUAAGUUAAUUGUGAAAUUCGUUGACUAAAUUUUUCUUUUCGAACCAAAAUCAUUUUAAUUUUACCUUCAUCCCGGUUCGAAUCCUUGUAAGGACUGGGAUUCUUAAUUUCGGGAUCUGAGUCCACCCAGCUCUAAUGGGUACCUGACAUUAGUUGGGGAAAAGUAAAGGAGAUUGGUCGUUGUGCUGGCCACAUAACACCCUCGUAAACCGUAGGCCACAGAAUUAGAUGGCCUUUACAUCAUCUGCCCUAUAGACCACAAGGUCUGAAAGGGGAACAUUAUUAUUAUUUUCUUUUCACUUUCAACGGUCCCUUAACCUGAUGGACGUUAAGGUGUUUACGGAUGAUCUAUCGACCGUCUCUCUCUCUCUCUCUUUUUUUUUGGCUGUCAUUUGGCAGGAUUAGAUUCUCUCUCAUAGACGUGCCCGUCCAUUCCUUAAUGUACUCCUUCCAUCGUAUAGUCUGUCGUUCUCUCUCCUUCUUUUCUGUGGUAUAGUUUCCUACGGAGAAGGUUUUACGAGCCCUGAAAAUCUCAUGAUACUACACUUUACUUAUGGUAGGAAUGUUUCCAGUCAUAGCAUUUUAAAAAUCUAUAGCCUUUUACUAUUAUACAUUUUAGUGUUGCAGGAGCAUUUUGUUCUCUUGCAUUUUAUUAAUUACUAUUUUGUUGACAAUAUUUUUGUUUAUGUUUUACUGGGUUUUUUUUUGUGUAUCUUACUUUUCUAUCAAAUCUAUUUGUAAGUGUUUAAAUUGUCUGUAUGAUUGUUUUCGAUAUCAUUGUGGAAAUGAUAUAAUUCGACUAACUCCAUCCCCUCUGUUACGGUGUGUGUGUUUACGUUUUUACGGGUGGAAAGAGUUUAGAGAUUGAUUGUGAAGGAUGCAACAUAGGUGGCAUUGUUAUUAUUGGUCUUAGUUAGAGGAGACGACUUCAGAACAUGAGACUGAAAGGUUGUGCUUAUGUAUUGAGUAAUAUUUUGGUAAAAAAAUAAUAUUUCUAAAGUCUACUACAUAUAUUUCAUCUCAUACCAAAUUGAUUUUGUGAACUUUAUAAUAGAAAUUAUAUUUAGUAUUGUUCACAAAGAAGUUACCCAGGCUAUUUCAAGUUUUAUUAGUUAUGAUAUAAUACGCCUAUACAGUCUGGUGCUACAAGUCAACGACCGUUAACAACAAGUGGUGUCAGAAUUAACAGGAAGAAUUGAAUCACCCCCCUCCCCAACACUUGGUUUUGUAAUAACUUUCUUUCUAUCACCUUCUCUUCUCUCUCUUCUAUUUUUUUUAACUCUCUACCUUCUCUCUUUCAACCUUUCUCUUUCUUUCUCUCUCUCUCUCUCUCUUUAUGUAUAAAAAUAUUUUCUUUGAUACGUACAUAUCAGAAUUAUUUAAAAUUUAGUAUUGGAUAUGUUUCCCUUGAUUAAUAAACUUACUUGAUAAAAAAAAAAACAGGCAUUAAUUAUGUUUUAACAUAACUGCCUUAUCUUAUGUGGUUAGCAUUACGAAGUGUCUUUACAGCCCCAACUCUAGCACUAGCUCCUGAUUCUGCCGAUACGUUAAAUAGUAUCAGCGUUAUAUUUUCCCCCCCCCCUUUUUUUGAGAUACCAAAAAAUAUCCGAAACUUAUCAAAUCAACAAAAGUUGCAUCUAUUCAGUUUUUGUGUACAUUUUUAACUGUAAAUAGCCAAGAACAAGGAGUUGACGCCUAAGCUGGUCUUUGAGGCGUUUCCGUGGGGCUCCUCUGUUACGUUGACCACCUUUUAGCUCACCAAAAAGGACUGCCUUUGGCAAACGUUCGUCUCCCAUACGGGAUACGUGCCCUGCCCAGCGUAAAUGUCGGACCAAAAGAAGUCCCUCUAUACUGUCCAUACCGGCGUUCGCAAUGAUAUGGCUGACAUAGAAGAGAGCAACUGGUUGCAUGCGGCCUCCUGAGAUGAACUCCAAUUGGUGGCAAGGCUGUAAGGAUCAGUCCUCCCGUAGAGCCUUGGCGAGAAACUCUGCUGUUAGGCGUAGUGAAUUUAAGCUCCAAUAUAGGUCAAGUAAAUCUGCAGACAAACUACCCCGCAGCUCUCGGAGCUGCGGACACUCUUGCAAGAGAUGCGUCACUGUUUCCACCGACUCUCCACAGUGUGGGCAACAGGGCAGUCAGAACGAGGUCACUCACGAAGGCCGCGGGAUACACAUUUGAGACCAAAAGAAAAUCUGCUGCCGAGGACAAACGCAGACGGCGAAAAGAAAAUCUAAAUCGACCGCCUACGGACAACAGUUAUGCUUGCACUGGAUGUGUCAAAAUAUGUAGGUCACAGCUGGGACUGCGCAGUCACGGGAAAUACUGCAUUCCUCACUAAUCUUUGGACAAAAAGACUAGCCUUAUAUAUAUAAGCCAAGAACAUUAUGUUAUCCCACUUUGUUAUUAAAAAAGAUUUUAUAUCAGUGAUUGAUAAGUGUAAUUUACGAUUAAACUUAACAAAAACUUUUUUAAUUUUUUCUUUUAUUUACAAUGCCAACAACACAUAAGACACUAACAUAAGUUUACGGUUAACACAACAGUUCAUGUUAAAAUUGUUCAUAAACUGUCCAAACUUGACGAUCACUGGGGUGUCCAUUGUCCUUUGCUGAAGACGAACGAAGUUUUUGGGAUUAUUUCCUAUGGAAGCCCAAAGAUUCCAAGAAAUAUAAAUUGUAAUUCAGUACUGAAGAGAUUACCUUGCCAACAACACAUAGCUGUUAUGUGUUUUCGAUCUAUGCCCAAGUUGUUUUUAUAAGUCAAAAAUGUUAUAUUGUGGGUAAAUGGUAUAGGUUAGUCAGAAUGAGAGAAUUACUGCAAAUGGGUAGUAGUUAAAUGUGAUGUGGUUAAUAUUGAUGUGGUAAGAAAAUAAAGUUAUAUAUAUAUAUUUUAA